AUGGAGAUGGCAGACUGUGAAUCGCGCAAACUAAAAGAAACCUCUGCAAUGUUCGAGGGGAGUAAGAACGCGGAACAGACACACAAAGUGUUAACACAAUGCUUUCGUUGUGGAAAGAACAAUCAUAGUGGCGACAGUUGUUAUUAUAAGAACAGCAAGUGCCACAAAUGUCACGAAACCGGUCAUCUGAGCAAAAUGUGUCCGGCAAACAAAUCACGUCAACAUGUAAACAAACCGCGACCACAUCAAAGUACUGAAAGUACUCAAAGUACUGGCCGAGGAAAAGGACAUAAGUUUAAGAAAAGAAAUCCGAAAAUCAACUUCGUGGAGGAUUCCGACGUGGAUAGUUCUGGUGCCUAUGAAACUGAUUGUAAGUACUCUUGGCCUCUGUUUUCGAUAAAAUCUGACGGUCAGAAGGAAAUAAACAUUGAUUUGUUAAUUGACCGCAAACCACAGAAAAUGGAGCUGGACACCGGGGCUUCGGUUUCUUUGAUAUCGGAAAAGGAGUAUCGUCAGAAGUAUCAUGGUUCUGUGAAACUGAACGACACGACAACAGUUCUGAGGACAUACACAGGUCAACUUUUACCAGUUGUCGGGGGGAUGUCUGUGAUGGUACAGUAUGGAGACCAACAGGUGUCAUUGCCGUUACUCGUGGUCAAGGCUGAUGGACCAGCAUUGCUUGGUAGAAACUGGUUGAGUAAGUUAAAACUUAACUGGCAACCUAUCAACUACACCAUCAAUGGACAUUCACAGAAGAAACUCUUCCAGAAGUACAAAGUGUUCAAUGAAGAUUUGGGUACUGUGAAGGGACUAACUGCUAGCCUCCGAUUAAAGGAGGAUGCUAUCCCGAAGUUCUUCAAACCAAGCUCCGUGCCUUUCGCUCUCAAAGACAACAUCGGCGAAGAACUUGACCGACUGGAAAAGGCUGGAAUUUUCGAAAAGGUGGAGAGUUCUGAUUGGGGCACUCCCAUUGUACCAGUGUUAAAACAUGAUGGUUCGGUAAGGAUAUGUGGAGACUAUAAAGUCACUAUUAAUUCCUUCUUUGAUGUUCCAGAAUACCCGUUACCGACCAGCGAGGAGUUAUUCGCAAAGUUGAAAGGUGGUGAUCAGUUCUCAAAGCUGGAUCUGACCAACGCGUAUCAACAAGUGUUGUUGGAUGAGGAGUCACGGAAGUUAGUUACCAUCAACACGCACCGCGGCUUGUAUCGGUACACGCGUCUUCCGCUUGGCGUAGCGGCUGCUCCCGCCAUAUUUCAACGCACAAUGGACCAUGUCCUGCAAGGAAUUGAAGGUGUCGGAUGCAUAUUAGAUGAUAUUCUCAUCACGGGAAAAUCUGACGCCGAACACCGUCACAAUCUCGACACAACGCUUCAGCGACUAGAGGAUUUCGGUAUCCGACUAAAGAAAACCAAGUGUUUCUUCAUGCGCGACGAAGUAGAAUAUUUCGUGUUUAAGGUCAACAAGGACGGUAUCCAUCCUUCACCUUGGAAGGUGGAAGCCAUUUUGAAAUUGGUUGAUCCCCAAACCAAGCGUGAGCUUCAAUCGUGGCUCGGUAUUGUCAAUUAUUACCGCAAGUUCAUCCCGAACUUGGCUACAGUCGCAGAGCCUCUGACUCAUUUGUUAGCAAACGAUGUAGAAUGGCAGUGGACCCCGGCGUGUGCUAGUGCUUUCAUUUCAGAAUAG